GAAAUCGUCCACCAAUCCAGGAAAACGCACAAACCCUCCUUGAAAAACAAGAACACAGCCAAAUUCAAGAACCUGUCAAAUUUCUUCACUAAAACCAGACGCCAAACAUCAAUUUCAUCAUCCUUCAUUUCCCUUUGUCCCUUUGUCAACCACACUCUUCAAUGCCACAAUCCACUCUCUUUCAACACCCAUGUAAGUAUAUAUAAUCAUCUGCCUACGUACCUCCAUCUCAACUUCAGUUUCGGCUAUAGAGGAAUCGGAAUCUUUUCUUCUUUUUCCCAAGAAUUAACAAUGGCCGCCGGAGAAUUUCCCACUGUCGACGUCUGCCCCUCCAUCGGGAGAGAGAAGGACACGGUAGUGGCGGACAUGGACGGGACAUUGCUCAGAGGAAGGAGCUCGUUCCCUUACUUCGCGUUGGUGGCCUUCGAAGUCGGAGGAGUGCUCCGGCUUCUCUUUCUGCUGCUGCUCGCGCCGCUCGCCGGAGUUCUGUACUAUUUCGUCUCCGAGUCCGCCGGAAUCCGCGUGCUCAUAUUCGCGACGUUCGCGGGAAUGCGGGUUUCGGAUAUAGAAUCGGUGGCGCGGGCGGUGCUGCCGAAGUUUUAUUCGGGCGAUCUUCACUCGGAGUCGUGGCGGGUAUUCUCUUCGUGCGGGAAGCGGUGCGUGCUGACGGCGAAUCCCCGGAUUAUGGUGGAGGCGUUCCUGAAGGAGUUUUUGGGGGCGGAUAUGGUGUUGGGGACUGAGGUUUCGACGUACGGCGGAAGGGCGACGGGGUUUGUAAAGGAGCCGGGGGUUUUGGUGGGGAAGAAUAAGGCGGAGGCGCUCAAGGCAGCGUUCGGGGAGGCGCCGCCGGAGAUUGCGCUGGGGGAUCGCCAUACCGAUUUUCCCUUCAUGAGUUUGUGCAAGGAAGGUUACAUAGUGCCACCAAAGCCAGAAGUAAAAGCCGUAACAAUCGAGAAGCUGCCUAAGCCGAUCAUCUUCCACGACGGCCGUCUCGUCCAGAAGCCCACCCCCUUCCUCGCUCUUCUCACCAUCCUCUGGAUCCCCGUCGGCUUCCUCCUCGCCUGCCUCCGCAUCGCCGCCGGCUCCCUCCUCCCUAUGCCCCUCGUCUACUACGCUUUCUGGGCCCUCGGCGUCCGCGUCACCGUCAAGGGCACCCCUCCGCCCCCCGUCCACAAGUCCUCCACCCAAUCCGGCGUUCUCUUCAUCUGCUCCCAUCGUACGCUCCUCGACCCCAUUUUCCUCUCCACCGCCCUCGGCCGUCCCAUCCCCGCCGUCACCUACUCCGUCUCCCGCCUCUCCGAGAUCAUCUCACCCAUCAAGACCGUACGCCUCAGCCGCGACCGAGCCACCGACGCCGCCAUGAUCAAGAAGCUACUGCAAGAAGGAGACCUAGCUAUUUGCCCGGAGGGCACCACCUGCCGCGAACCGUUCCUCCUCCGGUUCUCCUCCCUGUUCGCGGAGUUAACGGAUGAAUUAGUGCCGGUGGCGAUGGUGAACCGGAUGAGCAUGUUCCACGGUACGACGGCGCGUGGGUGGAAGGGGAUGGAUCCUUUCUACUUCUUCAUGAACCCAAGCCCGGCUUACGAGGUGACGUUUUUGAACAAGCUGCCGCGGGAGCUGACUUGUGGAGCCGGGAAAUCGAGCCAUGAAGUGGCGAAUUAUAUACAGAGGGUGAUAGCCGCUACGCUGUCGUAUGAGUGCACCACUUUCACGAGGAAAGACAAGUAUCGAGCUCUCGCCGGAAACGACGGUACGGUGGUGGAGAAGCCGCGCCGCCAAGUAAUGGGUUGUUGAGCACAGCAAUAACUACGAAAUCUCAGUGGCCGGAAAUGAAAUGACAACUUCUGUUUUGAUCUGCUGUUGAAUAUAAAAACUGAAUAAAUCGUAAGAUACUGUACACAUAGAACCGUAUGUUUGGAUUAACUGCUAAGAAAUAUCUUUGUAUUUCUUAAAAACAUUUUUGAAAAUAUUUCUGACCAGUGAAGAAAUAUUAAAUAGAAUAAAAACUAAAAGCACUAUAGACACUUG